UUAUAUCGUUUUACAUUUUUCUACAUUGUUCCAGCUGCAGUGGUAGUCGUGGUGUCCGCGGCCGCGUUCCAAAUUUAACUCCGCACGCACGCACGCCGCACGGCCUCUCGACUAAACAAUAACAACAAAAGACUACGACAACAACCGACGAAUUUUUUGCAAAUAACAUUUCUGAUUUUAAUAAUAUGCCACUGAAGUCUCUUCGAGUAUAAUUUAAAAUCUACAUUACAAUGUCCGGUAUCGUCAGUGGUUCGUGACGCAAAUAUUUUUCGCCAACCCUCCGGUGGUUUUCGCGUUUGGGAUUAAUUCGGUUUCAACAAAAAUAAUUAUUUAAGAAAUAUCAAAAACCGUGCUGCUCGCGCGAUGACUUGUGCGACAAUGGUUAUUCGGUAUUCGGAAGACUUCGACGUCGUCAAGUCUUCGUCUUGACGACAGGUAUACGUGAAUACCGAGUGUCAUCGGUCGGAUUGUUUAGUGGUACACUGGCACGGAGCAGAAGAGAUUGUCUCGAUUUCCAUUGUCCUGUGUAUAGUUUUCCAAAGAUUCCGGAUACUUUUCCGAUCCGCCGAAAACGUGUGACGGGAUGGAAAUCGAUGAGCAUCAGACGCCGACCGACGACGUCUUAGUCUCAGCAAAUCAUAUCGACCGUUCUGCGAUCGUAAUAUAGCUUGACUACAAAGUUACGAGCAAGAAGACUUCACUGUUAAUUGUACCAAAAUGUCUUCCCAAGUAGAUUAUCAAUGGGCAUAUACAAUAAUGGAUUCAUCUCGGGUCUCCACAUUUUUGAUAUCUAUUCUGUUAAUUGUUUAUGGCAGUUUCAGAUCUUUAAAUAUGGAACAGGAAGCCAGAGAAAGAGAAAAAGAAAAAUCUAAGAGCUCCAACGGAAGCUCUGUAUGCUUAACAGAUAUUAGUAAGCGAAAACAAGAUGUUCAAACAUUGGAUACUAUGCAAGCUUUGUGUUUGCCUCUAGGAGCUUCAAUAUCAUUAUUAGUCAUGUUUUUCUUCUUUGAUUCUAUGCAAAUGUUAUUUGCAAUAUGCACUGCAAUUAUUGCUACUGUUGCGUUGGCAUUUCUCCUACUACCCAUGUGUCAGUAUAUUAUUAAUCCUUGCUCUGAUGGAAACAAGAUCUCUUUCGGUAUAUGUGGUCGGUUUACUAUGGCUGAGCUGCUGUCUUUUUCAAUGGCAUUGUUUAUAGUUUGUAUCUGGGUACUGACUGGGCAUUGGCUGUUAAUGGAUGCAAUGGGAAUGGGACUCUGUGUAGCAUUUAUUGCCUUUGUCCGACUUCCUAGUCUUAAAGUGUCCACUCUUCUGUUGACUGGUCUUUUGAUCUAUGAUGUUUUCUGGGUGUUUUUCUCAUCGUACAUAUUUAACACCAACGUUAUGGUCAAAGUGGCAACAAGGUCAGCAGAAAAUCCUGUCGGAGUCGUGGCUCGAAAGUUACACAUUGGCGGAGUUGCUAAAGAAGCACCAAGGUUAUCACUUCCUGGAAAAUUAGUGUUUCCCAGUAUUCAUAAUGGGCGGUUUUCAAUGCUUGGGCUUGGGGAUAUUGUUAUGCCAGGCCUAUUACUGUGUUUCGUGAUGCGGUAUGAUGCAUAUAAGAAAUCUCAGCUUCUACAUUUCGGGGAGACUGGCGUUCCACCUCCAAGACAUCUUGGCAGAAUAAGUUACUUCCACUGUUCUCUAAUCGGAUACUUUCUGGGUCUGGUCACCGCUACAGUGUCUUCAGAAAUUUUUAAAGCAGCCCAACCAGCACUACUCUAUCUAGUUCCAUUUACACUGUUGCCUCUUCUGACCAUGGCUUAUUUAAAGGGUGAUUUAAGAAGAAUGUGGAGUGAACCAUUUAUAAUACAACAGCCUUCCAAACAUAUGGACGUAUAGUCUGCGGUAGCAUUUACUACUAUAAUGUAUAUUUAUUUUUAGAACCAUUUUUGUACAAUUUUCUCUUUUAAUUAUUUUGUGUAAUAGAUCUACAUACAGUAUGCCCUUUCUACUUGAAGGGAUAUUAAGAAAAUACAAUGAUAGGUCUUAUGUUUUCUGAAAAUCGAGGUAUACUUUUGCAAAUUAUUUCUUCUCCAAAAAUGAUCUUUUUAUUGAUUGAGAGAUUGUGAUGUUUGUUAAAUUUCAUCUACUUGAGUUUCCAUUUAAACACUAAUUGAUGACUCAUAAUAUGCCGAUCAAAUAUACAUAAUAUAAUAUUUAUACAUCUACAUUUUUCGUACUAUAUAAACUUUUCGUUAGGAUGGACUUGUCUUGUUAGUUAUAAAUAAUGGAGGUGGCCAAGUGUUAUAACAUUUAAAUAAAUCAGUAAUUAUUAUCACUGCUCUUCAAAGUAUCAACAAUCCACUGCUUAAAAAAUAUACAUAUUUUAAUUUUUCAGUAAAUUACAAAGUCUGUUUAUUAUAUUUGUUAGUAAAAAGUACUUUCAUAAAGAAUAACAUUUAAAAAUUCAUACAGAUGUUUUUUAAAGUAAAAUUUUUUCUUUACUUAUAUUUGACACUGUUUUCUAUUGUGGAAAAUAUUGAAAAACAACUAGAUUUAAUAAAUUUCCUAAUCAUUUAAUUGAAAAUGUGUAACGGUUCAGUCAUUGCAUUUGCACAAUUUACACAGCUAUUAUCGCUUUCUGGAAUCUCUAAAUGAGUGUAGAAAAUAAUGUUUAGAGUUUUUGAUUUGAGAUUUAUUUGUACGAUAUUAAUUAGAUUUUUAACAAGAGUUUGUUAUCAAACUAUGUGAACGGCGAGAAGUUUACCUAAGACUGAUUUAUUUUCUUUUUUCUUUAGUAUUAUAUAUUUUUUUUUAUUAUAAUUGAGCAAAAUACCUAACUUGUAUUAUCUGAAAUGUGUUUAUUACUACUAAUCAUUGUACUGUAUCAUAUUUAUUUUAAGGUUUAAAUAAUGUCUCACUAAAUGUAUUCGUAACUCAUAUUUGUUUUCGAGAAGCUGAAUUUAAAUACGUAGUUUCCAACAGCAUAAUAUUAUACCAAUUAUAUAUAUAUUUUUUUUUAUUAUGUAUAAUUAAAUUUGAUUAAUUUUCUGUUUAUAAUUAUAGUAAUUUUAUUAUUGUAUAUAUUAUAGAUUUUAAUCUAUCUCUCAUCCUCUCAUCUUGUCGACACCUGGUUUUAAGUUAAAUUGUCUUUAUAUUAUGUUAUUAAUUGUCCUACUGUAUUAAGUUUACGAUAGAUACAAUACGCAUAAAUAAGUAUACAUCAUAUUAUUAUUAUUAUAUUAUUAUUAUUAUUAUUAUUAUUAUUAUUAUUAUUACUAUACAUACAUGAUAACAAAAAAUGUACUAAAGUGUUUAUUCAAAACAAAUAGGUAUUGUAAUUAUUUUGAGGUUAAAUUAUAGUGCUUUAUACAUUGUGACGUUUAAAAUAUACCGAAAGAAUGCCUCUUUGUUUUUUUGACGUAAAAUGUAAUCGCCUCACUAUAAUGGUCUCUUUGAAUAAGUUAAGUAACCAAUGCCACUGUUUUAUUUUGUACCCUUUUUUGUGGCUGUGAUGUUUAAAUAAUAACAAUAGGUAAUUUACUUUUCAAACACACAACAAAAGUAGCGUAUAGUAUAACUUUUUUUCUACAAAAACUAAAUUGUAAUAUUAUAUUAUUAUAUUAUUACCAAUGCUAAUAAUCAACAAUAAUAAUAUUGCUCGUUGAAUGAAGAUAUUUCUGAAUAGUUACACAUAGUACUAUGAUAUAAAUUUGUUUUGUGUUUAUGCAUUUAAUAAAUAUUAUGUACAU